AUGAUCCGUGACCACAAUGCCAAGAUUGCUGACUUGGAGGGGUUGUUGGGGCCUGAGAGCAAGCACGCGCAGAAGGCCUUCCGCAAGGAUCUCGAUGAUUGCAUUGCCCGGCUCUCCGCCUGCAGAGCAAACUUGCAAUCUGCUGUCGAUGGAGCCCAGGAGCUUCAGUUUGCUAACCUGGAGACCGACAUGGAGACGAUGACCGCAGAGGCCGAAGAGCUCAUGAAGAAAAUGCAGAACCAGGUUCUUGCAUUCAGCAAGAAGAAGAGUUUCACAAAGGUUCUCGGGGAUCUGAUGCUGUGUGGAGAAGAUGAUGCUUUUCCGGCAUUGAAAACAAAUGCCGGCAUAUCGAUGAUGGGGAAAUCCUCGUGUGCCUUAGACGUGCCAGAUUUGGCGGGUAAAGUUGCGAGAACUUCAGAGCUGGUUUUUGACAUGAUCGACAACGUAGCGGCUGCCGGCUCCGUCAACCGCGAGAUGAGAAGCGCCAAGUCCACAGAUGCGGCUGGUCUUCUGCCGGCCCCGCUGAAGAAGCUCGGAACCUUCAGUGGCAAGAACAGUGCUCGUGAUUUCGCCCAAGUCAACGAGGAUGAGCCAAUGGUUGCUUUGUUCUGCGAAGGACUCAACAGCCGACUGCAUCACACAUUCAGGGAAGAGGACGCAAUGAGGAGUGGCUCAAGCGGCGGACAAACGAUGCCUGGAAAAAGCCGUGAUCAAAACGGCAAGAUACCGCCUAGCUUCGUUGAGAAGACCAUACAGAAUUGCAUCCCUGAACCAGUGUGCGAAGCGCAGAAGGUGAAAAAGGGCACCGAUUCGUGA